AUGGCAGAAACUAGCACACUGCUCAAACAGGACUUGUCCAAGUUGGACGUUAGCAAGUUGACUUCCUUAUCGCCGGAGGUGAUUAGCAGGCAGGCGACUAUAAAUAUCGGAACAAUUGGUCACGUCGCCCAUGGUAAAUCUACGGUCGUCCGUGCUCUUUCUGGCGUAUACACUGUAAGAUUCAAGCACGAAAAGGAGAGAAACAUCACAAUUAAGCUUGGAUAUGCAAAUGCCAAGAUUUAUAAAUGCACAAACCCAGAAUGCCCACCUCCAGCCUGUUACAAAUCGUAUGGCAGCAAAAAGGAGGAUGAACCACUCUGUGAGCGUCCAGGAUGUGGACACAAAAUGGAGCUGAAGAGGCACGUUUCUUUCGUCGAUUGCCCCGGGCACGAUAUUCUCAUGGCUACCAUGUUAAACGGUGCUGCGGUUAUGGACGCAGCACUCUUGCUUAUAGCAGGAAAUGAGUCAUGUCCCCAACCGCAGACAUCAGAGCAUUUGGCUGCGGUUGAGAUUAUGCGUUUAAAGAAUAUCAUUAUUUUACAAAAUAAAGUCGAGCUCAUAAAGGAAGCUCAAGCUCUCCAGAGACAACAGGAGAUCAAGAGAUUUGUCUCUGGAACUGCAGCUGACAGCGCACCAAUUAUCCCAAUUAGUGCCGUCCUAAACUACAAUAUCGAUGUGAUUAGCGAGUACUUGGUCACGCAGGUGGUUGUUCCAAAGCGCGACUUUGUUUCUCCUCCACAGAUGAUUGUCAUUAGAUCAUUUGAUGUCAACAAGCCUGGUGAAGAGAUUGAAAAUUUGCAAGGAGGUGUUGCAGGUGGUAGUAUUUUACAUGGUGUUUUAAAGGUUGGAGAUCAAAUCGAGGUCAGACCAGGAAUCAUAUCCAAGGAUGAAAAUGGAAACAUCCAGUGCAAACCAAUUAUAUCCAAAAUAGUAUCACUAUUUGCGGAACAAAACGAUUUGCAGUAUGCUGUCCCAGGUGGUUUGAUUGGUGUUGGUACAUCGAUGGAUCCCACCUUGACAAGAGCUGAUCGCUUGGUUGGCCAAGUCAUUGGUCAUGUGGGUCAACUUCCAGACUGCUUUGUUGAGAUUGAGGUAUCCUACUAUCUCUUGAGACGUCUUUUGGGUAUCAAGACCUUGGAUGGCGACAAGAGCACCAAGGUUUCCAAGCUCAAAAAGGGAGAAUUUUUGAUGAUUAACAUUGGCUCUACCUCUGUUGGUGGUCGUGUUUCUGGUAUCAAGCCAGAUAUGGCCAAGCUUGAGCUCACUGGUCCCGUUUGCACCAGGGUAGGUGACAAGGUUGCUCUCAGUAGGAGAGUUGACAAGCAUUGGCGACUUAUCGGAUGGGGACAAAUCAACAAGGGUAAAGCACUAGUUUUGCAAGAUCCACUUUGA